AUGAACCAACAAGCGGCCAAGAAGGAGGAAGGCCGCAAGGUUCAGCUGGAGAACAUUCAGGCCGGCAAGACCGUUGCCGAUGUCAUCCGCACAUGCCUUGGCCCCAGGGCCAUGCUCAAGAUGCUCAUGGACCCGAUGGGCGGUAUUGUCAUGACCAGCGAUGGUAACGCCAUCCUUCGUGAGAUCAUGGUCCACCAUCCCGCAGCCAAGUCUCUGAUCGAGACAGCCCGUUCACAGGAUGAGGAGGUUGGCGACGGCACCACAUCCGUGGUCAUCCUCGCUGGUGAGCUUCUUGCGGUUGCGUCGCCCUUUAUGGAGCAGAAGGAGCACCCUGUUGUCGUGAUUGGCGCGUACCUGCGCGCGCUCGACGAUGCGCUGACCGCCAUCACGGAAGACAUUGCCCAGCCCAUUGACACGAGCGACAAGGAGGCCCUCCUCUCCUCCCUUCAGGCCGUCGUCGGCACAAAGAUGCUGCGCAAGUGGUCGCGUCUUGCGUGCGAGAUUGCGCUGGAUGCAGUGCAGACCGUCUUCAUGGAGGAGCACGGCACCAAGGAGAUUGACAUCAAGCGCUACGCCAAGGUUGAGAAGAUCCCUGGCGGUGAGCUUGAGGACUCGAAGGUGCUGCGCGGCGUGAUGCUGAACAAGGACGUGACCCACUCGAGCAUGCGCCGCCGCAUCGAGAAGCCCCGCAUCAUCCUCCUCGACUGCAACCUCGAGUACACCAAGGGCGAGAGCAAGACAGACGUCGAGUUUAUGAAGGAUCAGGACUUUACGCGGGUGCUGCAGCUUGAGGAAGAGUACAUCAAGCGCAUCUGCGACGACAUCAUCGCCCACAAGCCAGACCUCAUCAUCACCGAGAAGGGUGUCUCCGACCUUGCACAGCACUAUCUUGCAAAGCACAACAUCACCGCCCUUCGCCGUGUGCGCAAGUCCGACAACAACCGCAUUGCCCGUGCGUGCGGCGCGACGAUUGUGAACCGAACGGAUGAGAUUAAGGAGACGGACAUUGGCACCGGUUGCGGUCUCUUUGAGAUCCGCAAGGUCGGCGACGAAUACUUCACCUUCAUUGAGGAGUGCGACAGCCCCAAGGCGUGCACCAUCCUCCUCCGCGGUGCCAGCAAGGACAUUCUCAUGGAAGUUGAGCGCAACCUGCAGGACGCAAUGCAUGCUGCCCGCAACAUCCUGCUCGACCCGCGCCUUGUGCCCGGCGGCGGUGCAACGGAGAUGGAGCUGAGCGUGCGUCUCUCGGAGCUCGCCAAGAGCAUUGAGGGUGUCUCCCAGUGGCCGUACAAGGCCGUCGCCAAGGCGAUUGAGGUGAUCCCCCGCACCCUCAUCCAGAACUGCGGUGGCAACACCAUCCGCACCCUCACAGCCCUCCGCGCAAAGCACGCGGCAGGCAACAACGUGACGUGGGGCAUUGACGGUGACACGGGCGAGAUUGCAGACAUGAAGGAGGUUGGCGUGUGGGAGCCUAUCCGCGUCAAGUCCCAGACCAUCAAGACGGCCGUGGAGACGGCCAUCAUGCUGCUGCGCAUUGACAAGAUUGUGUCUGGCAUCAAGCGGCCCGUGCCUGCCGGUGCCCAGCAGCAGCAAGCCCCUGGUGGCCCAGCGUCCAUGGGCCCCGUCUAA